UAAAAUAGAAAAAAAGAUGAAGGCGGAAAAGAACAGUUAGGACAGUUGACAUGAAUCCUAACGCCAAUGCUUCGGCUUCUCCGCUCCGACACCACAUGUCGCAGUUGCACGCAUCUUCACUUGCCCACCACUCACACGUGGCGAUUUCUGCCUCACGUUUCAAGCCUGCUUGGGUCCAUCUCCGCCGUGCGUCGGCUGUUUUUCCCUCGACUCGUCCCCUCUUGCAGCUAUGUGUACGACCACGCCUCUCCGUCAGAAGCUGCAGCGCACUCCCAUUUCUGGAUCUCAAAGGUGGCCAAGGAAUGGGUGUGUUCUAUGAAGUUGAGCUCAAAGUUCGUGAUUACGAGUUGGAUCAGUAUGGAGUAGUGAACAAUGCUGUCUAUGCAAGUUACUGCCAGCACGGUCGUCAUGAACUUUUGGAAAGGAUUGGCAUCAGUGCUGAUGCUGUUGCCCGCACAGGGGAUGCAUUAGCACUAUCAGAAUUGUCCCUCAAAUUCCUUGCACCUCUAAGAAGUGGUGACAGAUUCAUUGUAAAGGUGAGGGUCUCUGGCUCUUCGGCUGCUCGGCUAUACUUUGAACACUUCAUCUUCAAACUGCCAAGUCAAGAGCCUAUUUUGGAAGCAAAGGCUACCGCAGUUUGGCUUGACAAAAACUAUCGUCCUGUCCGUAUUCCAUCAGAGAUGAGGUCUAAAUUUGUUCAAUUUAUGCGCCAUGAGGAUUCUAACUAAUUUUACUGGACACUCCAUACCUAGAAAGAAUUUCAGGUGUGAGGACCCAUUGGUGUAUGUAUUAUCUGCUUGUUUGUUCAAGUUUUUCCCUUGUAAAAAGGAGGGAAAAAGCUUAUAGCCAAAAAUUACAAUUCAGCAAAGAAAUUUGUUCGAGCUUGAAAAA